CGUAUGAGAAACUCUAAGUAAGGUAUAGUCCAGUGGAUGUGUUGGCUUCUUGGUCGAAUAGUAUAAACACGGUAACAAUCUAAUAACAGUUUAUUUGUGAUUUUAAGCCUGGGAGUAUUAACGAUGUUGUUUUGCAGUCCGCAGACAACGAUGGCGAAAAUUGGCAUUGGUUACGGGAAAUUUCUCUAAAGAUUCCCAACCUUCGUUUCUACAGGUGACAAUUUUAAACAAGGAUGGAUGGUAUGAUUUGACCACUCACACAGGAUAAACUUUUUCCGAAGGAAGAUUUCAUAGCUUUAACUUUAAAGAUAGUUUUAUAGAUAAGAAAAGCUUCAAACUAUUUAGUGAAAUAAUGAAGCUAUAAAAUACUGAUAUCAUGGACUGAACAUAUUUGUGUACCUUGGUUCAUAGGUUGUGUAAAAGCUAUGGCUACUCCAAUGUACAGUUCAAAACUAUCGGGAUCAAAAUUCAAGAAUUGGAUUAAGGCUGGAUUAGGUGUUCUAUAUACUAAAGAAGGCAUUGAGCCUUUUGUUUGUGAUGAAAUAGAACAGUUCCAGCAGAAAUGUUUGAACGAUAUUUGCAUCAACAAUGGACUUCCUGCUGGUACCACGUGUUCUGGUUGUUGCACAGAAAAUGUUAUUGUUUGUCCUACGAAUAGAAUUUGCAACGCAAAACGUGGGAAAUGUAGCUUCCAUAGAAAUUCUGCCACGCAAUAUCUCCCGUCUGGCUGCCCUAACAAGAUAUGUCAUAAUUUCAAAAACGAAAUCCAGAAUGCUCAUCGUUUCUGUGGUCCAUCCUAUAAAAACACUGAUGCCAGCCAGUGGUGUAGCAAUGCAUGGGAAGUUGCUAAAUGUUUCAUGCCGCCAGACGGAUACAAGGAUGUGACAAAUGCAGCAAAGACUGAUUUCAAUGGAAUCAACAGUGUAAUUAUCAACUUUAAAGCAUUUCAGUCAAAAGUUAAAGACGAUCUUUCCAAGAAAUUCAACAUCUUUGAACAGGGUAGGGAGGUGGGCAGAGCAGUUCGACAUUCUCCACAACUAGAGAUGGAAGAUACAGAUCUACAUAAGUAUUUUACAGACUUACAGAAUCUGCUGUCAGAUCCUACAUAUUUGUCUGCUAAUACCGAUGCGCAGAAUGCUAAAACGAAAUUAUUACAGCUUCAAAACGAUACUUUGAUCAUUGGUAAAGAUGAUAUCCGGAACGUGCUGGAUGAUGUUGCCAAGGCAGUCCAAGAUAAAAUCAGGACUGAAAUAGACGAACAAAAAAAGGAAGCCGAAAAGACAAAAUUAGAACUGAUCAGUAUCACAAACGCGUCUGUUAAACGUAUUGAAAGUCAGGAAAUAUUAUCCAUUUCUCAACUUGACAAAGCAUUGGACUCUGCAAUUAAUGAUUUAGAAAAACACACGAAGGCAUCGCUUAAAAAGGUACAAUCAGAAGCUGAUAUUGCUAAGAAACAGAUAGGGGAGUGUGCUGAUAAAGGGGUUAGCAAGUUGAACGUCGAAGCCGACACUGGAGUGAAACAGAUAGAAAUAUCUGCUGAUAAAGGGGUUAGCAAGUUGAAAGUCGAAGCCGACACUGGAGUAAAACAGAUAGAAAUAUCUGCUGAUAAAGGGGUUAGCAAGUUGAAAGUCGAAGCCGACACUGGAGUGAAACAGAUAGAGAAACAGAUAGAAAUAUCUGCUGAUAAAGGGGUUAGCAAGUUGAAAGUCGAAGCCGAAGCCGGAGCGACAAAGAUUUCUGCAAAAGCGGAUGAAGCAUUAAAGAAGAUUGAGGAAUCAACAACAGCGAACAAAGAAGAUAAAUACAACAAGUUAAAAGAAGGUAAGUGUAUUUUUGUGUGAGUGCAUGUAUUUAGCUUGGUACAUAUAGGUUCUUCAUUUGCUUCUAAUGUGUUUGAAAAAUCUUCAUAUUCUAUGCAGAAUUAUAAUAAUGAUAGCUG